AAUUUAAAACAUACAUACAUACAGGUUUUCCUUUCUUCUUAAUAAAAAAAAAAAAAGCCAUAAAAUAAAGGGUCAAAAUGAAAAAUUAUUAAAAGUUCAGGCGUCUAAGCCAAAAUAAAAAUAAAAGAAGAACAAAUUCCCUCCAAAUGAUUGGGCAACACUCAAAGCCAAAACCCAAAAAGGCACAUUCUCCAGUCUCCUCCCUUUUUCUCCCUUUCUGUUAUUUACGCGCCAAAAAAAAAUUAAAAGAAUUAAAUAAUUUCCUCUUUCUCACUCUCUCUAUAAAUUUUGCUUUAUUCUUACAACUGCACCAGCCACAGAUUCUCUCUCUCUCUCUCUCUCUCUCCGUCGAUCACUAAAGCAGAGGCUGAGCGUAAGAGAACCGCAGAAACUGAUCCUUCUCCUCCAGGACAUAAAUUUGGUAUUAAGGACAACCUGAGAGGGUCAUUCAAUUGGUGGUUGUGGAGGUUGGGCUUGUAAAGUGAGCGCAUGCCUGGAAACCAGUACAACGGUAACCCAACACCCUACUCAAGUCGUGUACAACGGCUGUUGCGAGAAAUAGAGCUAAAGAAAAUUUACAAGGCUUCUUCACAUUCAUCAAAUGAGGUGACUGAACCAUGUGAAUAUGAUGUGCGUUCGAGAGAAGGUGACAACUCAAACAAUUCAUAUAUUGAGCAAUACCUAGAAGGGGCAGUUGCAGCUUCAAGGGAACUUCCUGAGGGAUGUGAAAAGAAUGAUGGUAUAAAGCCUAUAAGGCAACGCCUGUUGGUGGUGGCCAAUAGGCUACCCGUCUCUGCUGUUAGAAGAGGUGAAGAUUCAUGGUCUUUAGAGAUAAGUGCUGGAGGCCUGGUUAGUGCUCUUCUAGGUGUGAAGGAUUUUGAGGCAAGAUGGAUUGGCUGGGCUGGGGUAAAUGUGCCAGAUGAGAUUGGCCAGAAGGCACUUACUAAAGCUUUGGCUGAAAAAAGGUGCAUACCAGUAUUUCUUGAUGAAGAGAUUGUCCAUCAAUAUUAUAAUGGCUACUGCAACAACAUCUUAUGGCCUCUUUUUCAUUACCUUGGACUUCCGCAAGAAGAUCGCCUUGCCACAACUAGAAGCUUCCAGUCUCAGUUUGCUGCAUAUAAAAAGGCUAAUCAAAUGUUUGCUGAUGUGGUCAAUAAGCAUUAUGAAGAGGGUGAUGUUGUUUGGUGCCAUGAUUACCAUCUAAUGUUCCUACCAAAAUGUUUGAAAGAAUACAAUAGUAAUAUGAAAGUUGGUUGGUUUCUUCAUACACCCUUUCCUUCUUCUGAAAUCCAUAGGACACUUCCAUCUCGAUCGGAGCUACUGCAUUCAGUUCUUGCUGCUGAUUUGGUUGGAUUUCAUACCUAUGACUAUGCACGGCAUUUUGUCAGUGCUUGUACUCGUAUUCUUGGACUUGAGGGCACCCCCGAAGGAGUAGAAGAUCAAGGGAGGCUGACUAGAGUUGCUGCUUUCCCCAUUGGGAUAGACUCUGAGCGUUUCAUAAGAGCACUAGAGGUCCCUCAAGUCCAGGAGCACAUCAAAGAACUAAAAGAAAGAUUUGCUGGCCGAAAGGUAAUGUUAGGUGUUGAUCGCCUUGAUAUGAUUAAGGGAAUUCCACAGAAGAUACUAGCAUUUGAAAAAUUUCUCGAGGAAAACUCUCACUGGCGUGAUAAAGUUGUUCUGCUGCAGAUUGCUGUACCAACACGUACUGAUGUUCCAGAGUAUCAAAAACUUACAAGCCAGGUUCAUGAGAUUGUUGGGAGGAUUAAUGGUAGAUUUGGAACACUGACUGCUGUUCCAAUACAUCAUUUGGAUCGUUCGCUUGACUUUCAUGCUUUAUGUGCACUGUAUGCUGUUACCGAUGUUGCUCUUGUGACUUCUUUGAGGGAUGGAAUGAAUCUUGUCAGUUAUGAGUUUGUGGCAUGCCAAGAUUCAAAGAAAGGUGUUCUCAUUCUUAGUGAGUUUGCAGGAGCAGCACAGUCUCUGGGUGCUGGAGCAAUCCUUGUGAACCCUUGGAAUAUCACUGAAGUUGCUGAUUCAAUACGCCAAGCUUUGACUAUGCCACGUGAAGAAAGAGAAAAGCGACAUCGGCAUAACUUUGAGCAUGUGGUAGGCCACAAUGCUCAACAAUGGGCUGAAACUUUUGUGAGCGAAUUAAACGAUACAGUCAUUGAGGCUCAGCUACGAACUAGGCAGGUUCCACCUAUGCUUCCAGAGGAAGAUGCAAUUAAACGAUUUUUGCAGUCUAAUAAUAGGCUGCUCAUACUGGGAUUCAAUUCAACAUUGACUGAGCCAGUAGAUACUCCUGGGAGAAGAGCUGAUCAAAUUAAAGAAAUGGAACUCAAGUUGCACCCGGAUUUGAAAGACACAUUGAGAGCAUUAUGUAGUGAUUCAAAGACAACUAUUGUCGUCUUAAGUGGGAGUGGGCGGGGUGUCUUAGAUGAGAAUUUUAGGGAGUUUGACAUGUGGUUAGCAGCAGAGCAUGGGAUGUUUUUGCGCCUGACUAAAGGAGAAUGGAUGACGACAAUGCCAGAGCAUCUAAACAUGGAAUGGGUUGACAGCGUGAAGCAUGUAUUUGAGUACUUCAAAGAUCGAACGCCCCGAUCACACUUAGAACUUCGUGAAACAUCACUUGUAUGGAAUUAUAAGUAUGCAGAUGUUGAAUUUGGAAGACUUCAAGCUAGGGAUAUGUUGCAGCAUCUCUGGACAGGGCCAAUUUCAAAUGCAUCUGUUGAUGUCGUUCAGGGUAGUCGAUCUGUUGAGGUUCGACCAGUUGGGGUUACAAAGGGUGCUGCUAUUGAUCGAAUAUUGGGAGAGAUUGUUCAUAGUAAAUCUGUGACAACUCCAAUUGAUUAUGUUCUCUGCAUUGGGCAUUUUCUGGGAAAGGAUGAAGAUGUCUACACCUUCUUUGAGCCAGAGUUACCUUCUGAUGGCAUAGGUAUUACAAGAACCAAGCAAACUGAUGGAUUAAAGUCUCCUGGGGAAAGGCGACCGUCGAAACUUCCAGCAAGUAGAACUGGGUCAAAACCAUCUCAAGGUAAAACGUCGCGGCCUUCGCCAAAUUCUGAUAAGAGAAAUAACAAUCACAACUGCGGGAGUGUGCGGCGGCAGUCUCCAGAAAAGAUUUCAUGGAAUGUGCUGGAUCUCAAGGGAGAUAAUUAUUUUUCCUGUGCUGUGGGGCGAACUCGAACAAGUGCCCGGUAUCUACUACAGUCGCCAGAUGAUGUUGUAUCAUUCCUAAGGAAACUAGCCAUUGCAUCUUCAGGCACACAAUGAAGAAGCAGCGAAAGAUGUUUUUGUCCAUCGAUGUGUGAUGUGUACUCUCACACUCUGUAAAAGAAAGUUCCAGGAACCAGUUUCUGGAUUUUGAAGGCAAGAGUAUUUUCAGAUCUCAAAUGUCUAUAGCAAUGCUAAUUAUUUUAGUAUAAUAUGUAUAAUUGCAUAACUUAACAGGAACCUUGGUUUCGCUGAAGGGGAAGCAUCAGAUCAAGAUUAGGUUUGAUAAUGCAAGAGAACAAGAUCAAACCACAGAAUUGUUGUUGGAAAUAUCAACAAUUAUUUAUGUUGCUGCCAAUUACUUGUCAUUCUGCUAAAAUGAGAAUGUCAGACUGCAUACUCUACUAAUAUGCUUUCACUUUUUCUGCAUUGACCAUUGGAGGGUGUUUGUGUAUCACCCUAAAGCUUUAAUUCCUGGGAAAUGUUAGAAUAUACAAGUGUAUAAAUCCUACAACACAGCGACCUUUUUAUUUUAUCUUUCUUAUUGGCAUUGUA